CCCUUCCUUCCUGCCCCCAUUGAUCCCCCCCCCUUCCCCUCUCCUGUCUCCUCUCUCGUCUCCCAAAUCGCCAGCGAGCCAUGCCGCCUCCUCCCCUGCCCUCGCCGCCCCUGACCGGCUGACCCCACCUCCCCACUGCGUUCCCUCUCCCUCUGCCACCUGGGCCCCACCACCACCUCCUUCCCGUCGCCACCAAAUCCCCAAAUCCCCGAGGGAAGAGGAGGGAAUUCGUUGGCUGAUCGAUCGGCCGAUCCGCCGCCGCCGGCCUCCCAAUACGCCGCUGCCGCCAUGUUCAACAAGAUCAUCAAGCGGGGGAACCGCAAGGGCGCGCGCGGGGACGGCGGGGAGCCCGCCGCGCGCCCCGCCGCGCCCUCGUCCUCCGGUGGCGGCGCGGGGGGAGCCGCGCCCGUCACCGUCAACCACGCCUCCCGGGCCACCGCGGCGUCGCCGUCCUCGCCGACCUCGCCGCACGUGGCUCCGUCCGCGCUCGCGACCAACCAGGCGGCGGGGGCGGCGUCGCCGCCGCUCCUCGAGCCGCUCCCGCUCCUCCGCGAUGUCGCCGCCGCCGACCGCCCCGGGCUCCUCCUCCGCAAGCUCCGCCUCGUCGCCGCUAUCUUCGACCUCUCGGACUCGCUCAAGCACCCGCGAGAGAAGGAGGCCAAGCGCCAGGCGCUCCUAGAACUCGUCGAUUACGUGCAGGCCCCCUCGCAGGCUGCCAACGCGGCUGCGCGCCUCCCGGACCACGUCCAGGAGGCGCUCGUCGCCGCCAUCUCAGCCAACAUCUUCCGCCCGCUGCCACCUGCGCUGCACGAGUCCGCUGCGGCAAUCGACCCCGGCGCCGCCCCCGACGACGAGGAGGAGCCCUACCUCGAUCCUGCCUGGCCGCACCUCCAGCUCGUCUAUGAGCUCCUGCUCCGAUACGUGGUGUCGCCCGACACCGACACCAAGGUCGCCAAGCGGUACGUGGACCAUGCCUUCGUGCUUCGCCUCCUCGACCUCUUUGACUCCGAGGAUCCCCGAGAGCGCGAGUACCUCAAGACCGUGCUCCACCGCAUCUAUGGCAAGUUCAUGGUACACCGCCCAUUCAUCCGCAAGGCCAUCAACAAUGUGUUCUACCGGUUCAUCUUUGAGACGCAACGCCACAAUGGCAUAGGGGAGCUCCUUGAGAUCCUGGGAAGCAUCAUUAAUGGCUUUGCCUUGCCAAUGAAGGAGGAGCACAAGCUGUUCCUUGCCCGUGCUCUCAUUCCCCUGCACAAGCCGAAGUCUGUUGCGAUCUACCAUCAGCAGCUCUCCUAUUGUAUUGUUCAGUUUGUUGAGAAGGACUACAAAUUAGCAGAUACUGUGAUUCGGGGGCUGCUCAAAUACUGGCCAGUCACAAAUUGCCAGAAGGAGGUGUUGUUUCUGGGAGAGCUUGAAGAAGUGCUUGAGGCGACACAGCCUGCAGAGUUCCAGCGCUGCAUGGUACCACUGUUUAAGCAGAUUGGCCGGUGCCUUAACAGUUCUCAUUUCCAGGUUGCUGAGCGUGCUUUGUUCUUGUGGAACAAUGAUCACAUUGUAAGCUUGAUAGCCCAAAAUCGUGGUGUUAUAUUUCCAAUCAUAUUUGAAGCGCUUGAGAGGAAUAUACAGAGCCACUGGAAUCAAGCUGUUCAUGGUCUCACUACAAACGUACGCAAGAUGUUUUUGGACAUGGACAGUGAGCUAUUUGAAGAAUGCCAACAGCAGUACAUGGAGAAACAAGCAAAAGCCAAAGAGAUGCAGGAGCAACGAGAAUCUGCAUGGAGACAAUUGGAAGCUGUUGUUGCUGCCAAGGCUGCUGGAGAUGAUAUGGUUUUGGUCAACUAGAUAAUUGCUGCUCACUUAUCCCAUGAGCAUCCAUGUGCACCUAUCGAGAUGACAAGUUAUCGGUGCGCUCAUAUCAACAUUGAUCGACUUGGGGAUUACAAGGUCAGAGUUCCUUGCAUCGGGGAAAAAAUGUCGACUGAGUUCAGACAUAACGGUGGUAGCGAAGGCCAAUUCUUGCAGAGUUUCUAUGCGUAGUGAGGUCCUGCUGUGGUUUCAAGUCCGUCCAUUGUUCAGCCCCUCCUUUUCUGUUGCAUUAAUUUAUGAAUAAUGGGACCCUUGUAUUAAUCUUUCAUUGUUUGCCCUAGUUCCCUACCCACAAUUGGGAAAAUUCCAAGUAGAAAAAAUGACUGGGCUAGAUGUAAGCUUUUUUCUUUUCUUUGUCUUUUGUCUUUUUACCUGUUGUCUCUUUUGAGUUAAUUCAGUUCAUGUUGUAUGGAAGUAACAUCACGAAAUGGAGAUAAAAGCACUUUAACUUAGUGUGUGGCAUGAUAGCAAUAUAAUGGCUGAUCUGUAGGAA